UCAGAACCAGAACCUGGCUGGUCCAGCCUCCACAAUCUUCUGUGAUUGGUCACAAGAUGCAUGACAUCACAGCAGGGGUCAGGGGUCAGACUCCAGAAAACCCCAUGACAGUUUUCUGUUUUCAUCCUUUAAGAAGCCAUUAUUGAGAAUUAUUGACUCUAUAAAAGGAAAUCGCUACAGCUGAAAUUAAGCAUGUUUGGUUUUUAUUCAUAUUAUUAUUUGAUAUUUACUUUGACCAAACUUAAUUAAUUAUUUUUGUUUGAUCAUUUGUGAAGCUGUUCGGUCAGCUGAGCAGUAAAUGAACUUUAACUAUACGUCCUGCUGCUUCCGCCAGGAUGGAUUUAUGACAGAGUGAUCAUCUCUCCGGGAAGAACAUCUCUGGUAGACCCCGUUACCAUGGUUACGCUCUGCCGUGUUUCUUUCAGCAACGUAACCCCACCGGCCGAGUAGUUUCCUUUUUCCUGUCACGGUUCUGGUUCCGAAUCCCGGUGAACAGAACCAGGCCGAUCUCAGUCUGACCCGGUCCAGGAUCUUGUUAGACCCCUGGCUCGGUGCUGGACCUGCAGCUCCAUGUUCCGGUUCGGCUCGGAUAUGGUUCUGCUGUUACCAUGGACACGACAGGUGGACUUACCUGCUGCGAUCCGGUCCUGGAGCGUCCCGGUUCUGAUCCGGUUACAGAGGAACAAGUUCGAUCAGCUGGUUCUACCAGAACCGGAUCUAGAAAAGAAACAGGACCUGGAUCAGAACCAGAGGAAUCAGCCAAUCAGAACACAGCCCAGGUGGAGCAGUAACAGCAGGAGGAGAAAGAGAGGAGUCAAUUUGUCCUGUAGCAUCCUGACUACAGAAACAGCUCAGCAUGACCCCAGCCAGCUGUAGGAGGACCGACCAGAACCUCCCCUGGAUCUUUCCAGGGGAGGAUCUGAGGUUAUAAAGUGGAUUAUCAGGAAGCCAUGAAGCUAAAACAGCAGAAAUGUGAUUUCUGCUUUUAGUUUCCAUCACAGCGGGCUCUGCUGCCCCCUGCUGGUCAUCUCGGCCUGUUACUGCUCCCUGCUCAACAAAGUUCUGACCCAGUUAAUCUGAGGAUUAGCCGCCUCAGCAGAUUAGUUGCUCAUCUGCUGCAGUUGACAUGGCGGCCCAGAGGAGCUCGGUUCUGCUCGCAGGUCUGCUGCUGGUACCGGUUCUGUUGGGAUCAGCUUUCGUGGAGGAACUGGACGACUCGUAAGUCUUUACCAGACAUGGAGUGAAGUUCUGGACCGGGUCAGAACAGCUGGGCCAGAGGUUCUGAUGCAUGAUGCUAGCACCACUACGGUCACCAUGGUGACGGCGUGUUUAGAGAGCUGGAGAAGUUUGAGUGGUGUGGAAACCUCUGAGCUUCUGUUCCCUUCCUGACUUUGACCAAAGCAGUUCUGAUGGUUCUGAUGGUUCUGAUGGUUCUGAUGGUGGUCCGCUUUCCUCCUGGUGACCCAUCACAGUUUGCUGCAGCUCAAACUGUGAUGGGUCCUCCCUGUAGCUGUUGUCGGAGCAUCGUUGUGCUGAUAGGAGACGCCUUGGCUCCCCUCAUGAUGAACCAGGCACUUCAUGGAAACUACAGAACCAGAGGAGAUCUGGCUCAUCCAGUUUUACGCCCCCUGGUGUUCCUUCUGCAAACAGCUGGAUCCUGUCUGGCACCAAAUUGGAUCAGAACUUCGGAGUCUCGGCUCUCCGGUUCGCGUUGGAAAAUCUGAUGCUACAGUCAACACUGGUUUGGCCAGAGAGUUCAAGAUCCGAAAUUAUCCUGCCAUCCUCAUGCUGAAGAACGACGUCAAGUUCAACUACCCCGGGUCCAGAACCAAGGAGGCAAUUAUGGACUUCGCUGACCGGGUCUCAGGGCCGCUGGUUCGUUCUCUAAGCAGCAAACGCCUCUUCCAACACGCCGUCAGCCACCAUGAUGUCCUGGUCCUUUAUGUGGGAGCAACGUCAGAGCUCAAGGGAAACCUGACAGCUGCAGCAGAGGAACUAAUCGUCCACACUUACUUCUUCUCUGCCAGCAGAGAGAUCCUGCCACAGGAAGUGACUCUGACGUCUCUACCAGCUGUACUGCUUUUUAAGGACGGGACAUACUUCAUUUAUGAUGAGGAACAGGAUGGAGACCUGAAGUCCUGGAUCAAAAGAGAACGCUUCCCCAACUUCUUUCUGAUUGAUGGCUACACCCUGUAUGCCAUGGGGGAGUCAGGCAAACUGGUCUUACUGGCUCUGCUGGAGGAGAGACACCUGUGUGAAGAAAACCUAAGGUAUAAGCUUCUGGUGGAGAAGGUGGCCACAGAGCACAAGGACACCUAUAGCAGGAAGUUUUACUUCGGUUUCAUGGAGGACAGCGGGUACAUCGACGGACUCAUCAUGGGAGAGGCCCCCGUCCCCUCCCUGAUGGUGGUCAACCUGUCCAACGAUGGCUACUUCCUGCCGCCAGCCCCCAUAGAGACAGAGCUGCAGCUGCUGGACUUCCUGGACGGUGUGCUGGACGGCGGUGUGGAGGCUCUGGGAGGAAACGGCUUCACUCAGCGCGUCCGACGCUUUCUUUACGAGACCAGAAUGACACUAACGCCGGUAUUCAGGGAUGCCCCGGUGCUCGGCUGCUUCCUGAUUGGCUUCCCGCUGGUGGUCGGCUGCGUGUUCUGCUACCUCUGCAUCAAGAACCGACCCGGUUCUGCUGAUGAUGACGAAGACACUCCUCUGCUGGCGCCAUCAAUGCAACGCAAGAAGAAACUGACAGAGAAAAAGUCCGACUGAGUGGACGUAGAGGAACUAGACUUUAGGUCCAGAAAUGUAGACCUUAAAGAAAAGGUUCUGGUUUGACCCAGAUGUACUUUCAAUCAGAAAGUUUCAUUAGUCAGCUCAGUUGUGUCUGUUUUAAUCACAAUUAAAAACAUAAAUC